UAGCUUACAUCAAGGAGCACAUGGAGCGGCUGUGAGGCCUGUCUGCACCGGUCAGACGUGAAUAUCCACCAGGAGAGCAGAGCCUAGAGCAGGAAAAGACCGGUAGUGCAGCUUUCUCCGGGGCGAGUGCCACGACGCUGACACACCACGCUGUCCAGGCGCGCACAUUCAGCAUCCUAUGAGACUCUGCUCAAGAUGGCGGUGCAGGCAGCGGAGAACGACGGGAUAGUUUUGCAGAAUGUGGAGAAUGACCACCUCAAUGAGUCUCUGGAGAACCCUGGUAUCAUCUCUCCGGAUAAAGAGGACAUAGCACUUCUUGCUGUGCCAUUCAGUGGACGCAUACGAGGUGGCAUGCGUCCAGGAAAGAAGAUCAUAGUGAUGGGUAUUGUCGAUUUGGAACCAAACAGCUUCGACGUGAGCCUGACCUGUGGACGUCACUCUGAGAAAGAGGAUCCCCCUUGCGAUGUCGCCCUAAAACUCACCGCCCGUUUCAGCGAGCGCCGGUUCAUGCGCAACGCCCGAUUGUCUGGCAAAUGGACUGAGGAGGAAGCUUCUACUGAUUACUUUCCAUUCAUCCCAGACCAACCUUUUAGGAUGGAGAUCCACUGUGAGCACCAGCGGUUCCGGAUAUUUGUGGAUGGACACCAGCUAUUUGACUUUUAUCACAAAGUAAAGUCUUUGCCUUCUAUUGAUACAGUACGGAUAGAUGGAGAUCUACAGAUCACCAAACUCGGCUAACCUCACUUAGAUCUGCGCGAAGCAAAGACUUUAUCACCUGUAAACACACAUAAGCCAAUCAUCAGUAUCACCGCCAUCGCCAACUGUUAACACUGCAGCAAAGAACCAACUUUAGGGAUUAUUAAUUAAGACGUGUUCUGUGAAUGGAUUUGGAAGUAAGUGUAACAUUCAGGGGCUUUCUUUGUGUUUUAGGUGAAGAAUACUUUGGUGUUCUUCUUUUAACAAAACAAAACAGCUGUGGUAAAGCUACAUAAGGAUCCUAAAGAAUGAAUUUGAUGGAUAACUUUUCGUUUGAUUGACACGUGUCUCCUGAAAUGUGGUCGUAUUUCUAAAGAAGAUCGAUCGAUACAGGGUUUGGCUAGUUGUAUUAUUAUUUUGAAACUAUUCCCUGACACAAUUUAAGCCCCUUUUUGUUCUGUGUUUCUGCGGUUGAUGUACAUAGCAGUGUUCUCCUUAAGGCCCCGUCGUCUUUUGGGUUUGUUCCAGUUGUCAUGGCAACACACCGCAGUCCCAGCUCGACCUAAUUUUCCCAAAAUGAGGAUUAUAACUGGCAUUCCACAGUA